GCACGCACGCCACUGAGCCAGCAGAAAAAGAAACAGCGAAAGACAGAGAGAAGUCCACAGAAAAAGACCCACUGAUGAGCCUCUGAACCAACACGUGAAACCACCUGCGCCUUAAAAACACCAGCCUCAUCUAAAAGAUUUCUACCGUCAAGCAGGUCAAAGUUUGGAGAAAAUGGCAGCGAUACCAUCAAGUGGUUCCCUCAUCGCCACGCACGAUUAUUACAGACGGCGGCUCGGGUCCAACUCCAGCAACAGCUCGUGUGGUAGUUCUGAUCACAUGGGAGAGGUCAUUCCACAUCACCCAGGACUUCCACGGCAAGACUCCGGUCACUGGUGGACUUCUUUUUUCUUCGGGAAACACAAUCAGCCCGAGAACAAAACCUACACAGUGGCCAAUGGUCAGGUGACGUGCAUCGCCCGGGAAAUGGUUUUGCAGAGACAAGCCAGUGAAUCCAGUGAUAACGGGAAAUCGGAACCAACGUCUCCUCCACCGACGUCCCCGCCACCGAUGUCUCCUCCAACAACGUCUCCUCCACCAAUGUCCCCUCCAACAACGUCCUCCUAGAGUCCUUUUUCAUUGUCCCGCCUCUUUCACCAUCAUCUUGCCAUUACAUCCACAUUAUUUCUUUUUUAACUUUAUUAAAUCAAGUUUAAAUAGUAUGUAUAUGUUUCAUUACGACCAAAUAACUCAAGUGUGUAAAAAAGUGUUUUUUUCUCAUGUAUUCCUCUUAUAUAUAUAUUGACACAAAUAAAAAAAAAAUGCUUGUAGU